UAUCAUUUUGCUUCCUGAUUCUUACAGUAAUUCUUAAUUCAGUAAUCCUAUGUUUUGGCAUAGGAGGUUCGAUUCACUUUGGAUCACUGCAGCACAGCUGUUGUUUCAGAGAUAGAAGGAGUGGGCAAAUGGCUGUCUGCUGAGGAUCGUACAAACUGUGAAGUCUUUGGGUCUGUUCCCCUAAGGGCCAGGUAUGUUUCCUUGGCUCAGAGGAGUGAUGGGAAGAAAUUGCAGAGCAUGGGUACCUUUAAGACUGCAUUGAGCAAACUUUUAGCUUUCUGGCCUCUAUCAAUGCAAAACAUCCUUUGUUCCUGCAGUUUAAGAGGAGCGUGUGCACAAAAGUGCACUUGGUGUAUAGGAUUGUUACAGCUUUUCCUGGCCUGAACACAGACAUUUGAAUUGUAAUAAAGUAUCCCACAGUUAAACUCCCAACAGACUUUGUCACACUAAAGAAAACAAUAAAUUAUCCUUAACUUUAAAGGGCCAGAGUUUCUGCUCACUGAUCAGCUGUAUUUCAGAGACAGAAGGAAUAUUUGGCUUCUUCUGUUAUUUUAGAAAGCCCGUGUUCCUCGGAAAUGCAGUAGAGAUGUUUAACCGUCUUGUUAUGUAAUGUCUUUGAAGAUACAUUCACAUUUGCUUUUGUGAUGCAUAUCAUGUCAAAAGGUAUGUGAAUGGGAACCAUGUUCUUCAGCUGGGCGGCGUAAAAGAAUCGUUGCCAUAUUCCUACCCACAGCUGCUACACAAACACUUCUCUGGUUGUUUGCGCAAUUUCAUCUUGGAUAGCCAGGUAUAUGACCUUCAGUCUCCUGCAGAGUCCCUGAACAGCUUUCCGGGCUGCACACUUACUGAUGGGAGCUGUGAGGCCAUGGGCUCUUCUUCCUGUGGUAUUCAUGGGAGGUGUCUUGGAGACUGGGGCUCCUUUGCUUGUCAUUGCUUGCCUGGUUACUAUGGCUAUCGAUGUGAUAAAGUUGCCAGAGAGUACACAUUUGGGCCAGGAAGUCACAUUCGCUAUCAGCUUCCCAUCAGUGUGCCUGCCCGCAGGACACUGUUUGAAGCCAUGAUUAGGACACGGCAGCCUGACAGUGUCAUCACAAGCAUGUUGUCCCGAAAUAAGGAUGAACACAUAACCCUGCAGGUUGUUCGGGGAUUCUUAGCAGUCUCAUAUAAUCUGGGUGAUGGAGAUUAUUUUGUAAGCCUUCCAUCCUACAACAUUGAUAAUGGUGAGUGGCAUCACAUCACAAUGGACAGAAAUGAAAAUGAAUUUACUCUUCGCCUUCAUGAAGGAGGUGGGAAGAGAGAAAUUCUGAAAGCAGCAGGAGUAUACAAAGAGAUUGUGAUUGACCCCAGCAGCUUGGUCCUUGGAAACACCUACCCAUUUGAUCUCAACAAGAGUUUUCAAGGAUGUAUGAAGGAUGUCAGAUUUAAUAACUACAGGAUCCCACUGGACACUCGCACAAAGGAGCUGGUGUCAGUAUUAAGUAUCCGAGGUGUCACAGAAGGCUGUUCUUCAGAGGCUUGUAGGAAUAACCCUUGUAACCAGGAAUUUAUUUGUAUUGAUUUGUGGAUGAUGCAUGAAUGCAGUUGCCCUCCGGGACACAUGAUUGUGGAGAAUGCCACAGGCAGACAGUGUGUCCUCACUGCAUGUGCAAAAAGGCCCUGUAACUAUGGUACCUGCAUCUCGCAGUCACCAACCAAGUUCCAAUGCCACUGCCCUGAUGGCUAUACUGGACGUAACUGUGAGAUCACAUUGGCGAUCUUCCACAAGGAUACAGGCCUGACCUUUAGUUCCAUGUUUGCAAUCUGCAUUUGCUUUUUGGCACUGUUAGGUAGUUAUGCUCUGUUCAGUGCUGUCUUCUUGUGGGCUCACUGGAAGCGUCACAAAGGUCUGGAAGGAGCAGUUCACCGUGCAGCUGUACAUCAUGAUGAUUUGGAGGACAUCAGAGAAAAUAUCCUCAACUACAAUGAAGAAGGGGGUGGGGAACAAGAUCAAGAUGCAUACAACAUGGCAGAACUGCAGGUGUCUAUUCAAACCAGCCCAGCCUAUUCCCUCUACAAGAAGAAAGUAAAAACAACAAAACUGAACAGCUUCUUUAGUGCUGCAUCUCCAAGCAUGCAGGAGCAGACCAGAACAUCAGUGACUAUGCGAACAUCUUUUACAAGCAGAGCCUUUGGUCGACUAAAGUUUGGUCUCCUGUUGAGUUAUUCCUCGUUCAGCUUUGAUCAGCCACUUCCACAGACACAGUCGUGGAUCCUGUUCUGGCUGAGAAGGAGCUGAGGGAAGCAGCUGAUGCUACUAGCUGACAUGUGGAUUCAAGCUCUGGGUAUACAAUUCAGAUUGCUGCAAGCUGAUUGGGGCAACAGGCCAGUAUUAUUCUCAGAAACAAAGACCUUUUGCAAUUAUUCUGAGAAGAAAAUUAUUAACUUUACGUGCAGUAGAGUUAUUCAUGUUGUACUCCUCACAGGCCUCAUUCUACAUUCAACUCUCAGGCUGGGAUUCAGCAGCUGAGAUGCAGACACAGUGAGCCCUGUCACUCUGAGCCUAACAUUCACCAUAUGAACAGGACAUGGACCUGUACAAAAGGCAGAUGGCAGUUUGUCAGGUGUUUAGGCAGGACAAAUGACAACAAAUCCAAUACAUGUCAAAACUCUCCUGUCAUUUUCUUUCCUCUUCUUCCAUAUCCUGUAAUCUUAAUUCAUUCUCACGUGAAUGCCAUGAACAGCACAUUCAGUGCAGUUAAGCAAAUCCCUGAGCUUCUCAGAAGAAUUAUAAACAUGCUCACCUUCCCAAGAAAGUGCCCAAAUAAUCUGAUUACAGGAUAUAGUGAUAAGGAGAGCUCAGACCCAUUGAAGCUCUUAGGCAUCUAUGAAGUACUGAAAUGGUCAUUGGGUGAGAGUAAAAGCAAGCCAGACUAGAACUUUAUAGCUUCGUCACUUUUAGCUACAUGGGCAGCUAGGUUGCUCAGUCACAGCUGUAGAGUUGCUCAGGUUGAGAAGUCUCUCCUUUCCAUUCCCAAAGAGGCAAUUUGGAACUGAACUGAAGUUGCUGCUCUACUACUGCUAUCCCAAUUCCAGCUAUGGUACUGAUUUGUAAAUAAAUAAUAAAUAGACACUCAGAGUUAAUCUGUUUGGAACUGCAGUUUGACAAAGAUUUUUACAGAAUAAAACAAAAAGGUUAGAAAAAAAUUUCAAAUGCUACAUGAACUUAGUAUAUAAAAUCUCAGCACGUACUCAUUUGCAGCUGUCAUGCUCUAUUAAAGACCUGCUUUCCUUGUUUCUUGAGAUUGCUAAUUAGUUCAAUUAAUUUAUCUUAAUUUGCAUGUUGCUCUUUUAAUUACCGUGCAGUUUUUGAAAGCACUUGUUCCACAUAUAUAAGACACAAGAAUUUCAGUUCCUCUACAAAAACCCUUAUCAUAGUACAGCAGAAACAUCUCUCUAGAAGAAGGGACAGCUGGCCUGCCAACAGGAAGCUUUGCAAUGAGUGAGGGGGAGAAAAAAAAAAUAUUAAAUAAACAUCACUAGGUCCCUAGGUAGUUGGAUUUUCAGUAAUCUGGUACUUCUACUAAUCUUCUUCCACAUUCUUUACAGAAUUUAACAUGUAAAGAACAUUUUAUUUAGUAUAUUUGUAAAGGUCUGAAAUUUAAAUAAUCAUGUGGAUAUUAGUAUUUAAUCUGCCUGCCAACUGCAUUAAUCUUUGUGUUUUUCCCUUUUUAACAUAACAUUCCAAGUAUGUAAUGUGUAGCCAAGCCACAUGAAAGCUGAUUGUCCUUAGGUCUGACCUACUGGCUAGCAUGCUUAGAAGAAAAACCACAGCUGUGAAAGAAGUAGGGUUAGGAGAGGAGGAACAAGCUGAGCAAUUUCUUACUUACUGAAAUGACAAAAAAUAAAAUAAAAUAAAUUAAAAUAAAAUAAAUUAAAAUAAAAUAAAUUA